AAUAUGUACAUGUUAUUCUUCCAGUACAGAUAACUAUAUGUAUUUUUCACUUAUAUAUAUUAACUAUAUCAGUUCUACAAACUUUGCAAGUAAAUUACAUAAUACACAUUCUGAUGUUUGGGUCAUGUGUUGAGUGUCACAGUUGUGAUGUGAAAGCUGUCUGAGGCAGUACAUAAACCUGUGAAUAGAGCUGUGUUCCAGUAAACUAUCUGCAUUAUCAUAACAAGCCACAGUUGAUCCUGAAUAGUAGUUUGCUGGCCUGUGAUCUAACUAGUUUAAUGAAAUAAUUUUACCGUAUGCAGUUUUUAUCUAUUACAAGUAAUUCUGUGAUUACUCCCAUUUCUACCUUUUAUGUUUUUAUUCUUAUAAGUGUCUUACAAAUGAAGUUGUGAUUCAAAGAGUUUAUGACUCUUAUAUGACUCUGAAAACAAAUUGUCAGAUGUCUUUUUAAAAACAUUUCAGGUGCUGGAGAGGUGGCUCAGUGGUUAGCAGGCUGAGCUGCCCUUGCAGAAGCCCCAAGUUGACUUCCCAGUACCCUCUGUGGUGCAUCUCACACACAGAAGCCUAUAACUCUAGCUCCAGGGGACCUGAUGCACUGUCACACUGGACUCCACAGACAAAUGGCUACCAACUGUAAAGUGUCUCAUCCCAGACCCCCUUUAAUGCAAUAUACCUUUGACAUCAUGGAUCGAUUUGGAGAUAUAUCAGAAGGUGAAGUGGACCAUUCUUUCUUUGACAGCGAUUUUGAAGAUGCAAAGAAAUGUGACAGUGAUUUAGUUUUUCACAAGCAAAAUGAUGACCUUAAGGCAAGAAUAGAGGACACCAAAAAUGUAAGCUUGAAAUUUGAACUACAAAACAGUGACCUUAAAGAGAGAAUAGAUAAUGACACAGAAAAUGUGAACUUGAAACUUGGAAUACAAACAAAGGAAAAUUACCUUACUCAGAAAGGAAAUGAAAGAAAAGCAAAAGCUUCCUCAAAGGAAUAUCAUGUAGAAAAUGAUGCUACACAAACAAGAGGUUCCUCGUCAUCAGCUACUUCUUCAAGGUCCAAGAAAUCACGUGAUGCUCCAAAAGGACACAAGUUACACCUGCCUGUUCCAAGUAGAGCUCCUAAAAUUGUAAAAGGCGAGGAUGAUUACUACACGGACGGAGAGGAAAGCAGCGAUGACGGGAAAAAGUACCAUGUGAGGGCCAAGUCAGCCAAGCCCUCCAGUAACUUCCAAAAGAACGCCAACAAGAAGUAUUCCAACGUCAGCUCCUCCUCUUCUCUGUCUUCCUCAUCGUCAAGAUCCAGUUCAGACUUGUCAGAUACAGGUACAGGAUCUGAUACCCAUAAAUGUGAUUCACGCUCAUCGUCAAGGAAACAUGUUUCUGGCGUAACCCUCUCAUCACCGAAACAGAGAUGUAAAUCAGGAAGAAAAUUGGCAGGUACACAGUCUUCCAGUGCUAAACAAAAAACUGGUAACUGUAAUGUGGAAUCAGAAGAAACUGUAACAGAUGUAACUCCUUUGUCAACUCCAGACAUCAGCCCUGUUCAGUCCUUUGAAUUGGGCCCAUCACACAAUCAGAAAGUAAAAGUUAAAAGGCAAGAAAAUGUGAGCCGGGAUGUGUAUGAGGAUGUGGAGGCUUUAAAAAAUGAUUUAAGAUCUCUGAAAUCAGCCAAAAGAAAAGAAAAGCAUGGGCAGAAUUUUGCUCCAAAAUCAUCAGUGUUAGAUGCAAAUCUAGACCAUAGAUCCAAACAAAAAGUCUUAAAUGACACCAUGGACCUUAACCAUCUAUUGAAAGCUUUUCUGCAAUUAGAUAAAAAGGGACCACAGAAACAUCACUUUGAUCAGCCUGCAAUAAUGCCCAGGAAAAACUACUCCUUCACAAGAGAGGAGGUGAGGCAGAUCGAUCGGGAAAAUCAGAGGCUUUUGAAAGAACUGUCGAGACAGGCUGAAAAACCAGGAAGUAAAAGUACAAUUCCCGGAAGAUCUCUUGGCCAUCCCCCUAAGUUAUAUCAUAGUGCCCUCAACAGACAGAGGGAACAACAAAGGAUUGAAAGAGAAAAUUUGGCUUUAUUGAAACGGCUUGAAGCUGUGAAGCCAACAGUUGGCAUGAAACGCUCCGAGCAGCUGAUGGACUACCAUCGAAAUAUGGGUUAUCUCAACCCUUCACCGUCCAUUAGACGAGUGAGAUCUACCCUUGGCCAUUAUAGCCCACUGAGAGGAGCUUCCAGGACAUCCAGUGCGACCAGUGCUCUCAGCUGUAAGACUGAUCGAUCAGUGUUGGACACAUCCAGUGGCUUUUUGCUAAGACCAAAACCCCCAAAUGUUCGUACUGCUUGGUUGUAAAAGCUUUUUUAUGGUAUACAUUGUUCUUCCUAUUUUUAACAAUGUAUUUUUAUGUAUUACUGUAACUCUUUGUAAACAUCUGUAAUACUUUUUUUCAACAAUUUAUACAGCAAUGAGUAUAAUUUAUUGUUAUUCAAUGCAAAAUUGUUAUCCAAACACACUUUGAUGUAAAAUCAGUGUUUCAUACGGUGGCAUAUUUAUAGGAGCGAUAUGUGUAUUUAAUAGAGAAAGGUGUUAUGCAUGAACGUUUUCUCUAUAGAACUUCACUGUGAUGCUGACAAAACAGUGGUGGUGAUAAUCCAUGUUGACCCAAGACACUCCUCUGUGUUCUUACUCUAUUGGCUUCAGUUAUCGUAAGCGGGAACAGAAGCGCCUCAUGCUUUGGUUGCUUUAGAAUGUCUGUACCAUGAGCCAUCACUUGAUCAUGUGAGUGUUACACUCCUUAUGAGAUGUGUUUUCAUGGACAAGGUGAUUUCAAUUUGAUGAGGAGAGUGAGCAGAUUGUACUGGCACAUGAUUUACCAAAGGUGCUUCCCUGUAAGAGUUUGAUUAUCCACUCCAAACCAUUUCACACUGAAUAUUAGGGGUUCACUUUAGAAGCUCCUGUUUUGUGUUUUUAUGCAGUCAGGUAAAAUACUCAAGGAUUCUGAGCAAAGAGAUGGCUUUAGCAGCCUACUGUCUUGUGACUGGUUUGUAUCUAGAUCAUUUGCAUCAGAAACAAAAGCAAAUAUUUGUUGGAUCAUUGAGCAAUAUUCGCAGCUUGAAGAGCCAAGCAGCAGGCCCUAGGGUAUGUUAGGGCAGUGUUUGAAAGGAUACUGUUCGUGUAUGUGCUGUCCCUGUGUGUUUAUUAUAUUAAUAGAAGGCCUAGAGUAUGUGCUGUCCCUGUGUGUUUAUUAUAUUAAUAGAAGGCCUAGACAGACUAAGGAAGAAAUGCUUCAGAGAAACCAGUUAUAAACAGGAAAGAAACUAAUCACACAUUGGUUAAAGCUACUGCCUUCAAUAUUAGUGAGUUGUCUUGAUUGGGUUUGGUUGGGCGGAGUCCUUGAAGGCCCAUUUUGAGCAGUCUCACAUGGAAAGAAUUGGAAUUGUCCUGAGGAAUUACUAGUGGCACAGGAUCCAUAGGUGCAGUGUAGUUAGUUGACUGUGAAAGCCAGAGUAGUUUUCUGUCAGCCUAUAGGCUGUUACUAUAUGGCACCAAGUGUGAUAGUUCAUAUUCAUAACUUUUUCAUCACUCGUCUCAUUAGUGUGCCUUUAGGACAUAUAAAUAAGUUUCAUAUUCAGUGACAUAUUUUUCUUAAAAUAGGGAUUUUCUCCACCACAGUGAGCUCUGUCUGAUGGUGUAGCAUGUGUACCACACCUGCUUCAUCUUCCUUAGCAGGAAGGCCGACUGCACUUUACCAAAUGCCGGGUCAUACUGUUGGUAUUGGUUGAAUAGACUGUGUUUUACAUCAAGCAGCAAAGGUCGGGAAUGAUGAGGCUAAAAAGACUGCUGAGCACAUGCACCACGUACGCAUUCCCAUACACGCACAUACAUACACAUCCACACGGUGGAUGUGCACACACCACACACAUCUACAAACACACAGUGGAUAGGAACACAACGUGACAGGGGUUCUCUGCUGCUUUCUGGAGGCUGUAAACGUUCUCUGAAGAGCUCGCUCUUUGUUCUGGUGAACAAGAUUUUGUACCUGCUUUAUCUAAUCUUCAGCUGUACAAACAAUGGGUUAUUUUUGUCCUAGUUUUUAGCACUGCACUUCUAAAGUUUGUGUAACAACAAAAUGCAGCAUUUUGGCAUUUGCCCAAUAGUGAGUCAAUCACUUUUUAAAACAGAUUUUUGAGGGAAAAAAAAAAAAACAUAUAAAACUUUAUGUUCACAGUGGCAUUAGCCUAUGAGUACAUUUUCUUUGGUCUCUCUAAGUUUCAUAGAUAAAGCUAUACUUUGAUUUUAAAUGCUAAUUUAUGCCUUAAUUUUUACUAUUUGAAAGAAAUUUAAGUAUUACUGAUAACAGGGAUUCAACUCCAAGUAAAGGGCAUCCAUCUUUUAAAACAAUUUGUAAUGUUGUUGUUAUAGGUGCAUAUACAGGAUGACUCUAAGUAGAUGAGUAGGAAUUACAGACUUCGAAUUCACUGAUGUAAGCCAAGGGACUUUAAGGUUAGGAGUCAGGAGGCAUUUGCAGCGGAGGUGUCAUGAAUACAUGCAUCCCUUCAACUUUACCAACAUCGUAAACACGUGAGGGUUAGCACUGCCCUACAGUUGGCUGGCUUGUCCUUACUGCACAUACUCUGAAGAUUCCCAUCUGGAGCUAGAGAGCAUGCUGGUCUGUGGCUGGUGGCCAGAUUGUACCGAGAACUGUUUUCAUCUCUGUCAAAUGUUAUUAUCUCCUUUUCUAGUAAGAUUUUGUAAAAGAUUUCAAACUAUUAAAAUUAUUUCUUCAGGAGUA